AUGUUUAGCUUCCCUUUUGAUCAACAAAAAUGUUUUCUUACAUUCGAAUCCUUCAAUUACAAUAUAGGUGAAGUUCGUAUGGAAUGGAAAGAUUCAUAUCCGGUCAUGUUGCUCAAAUCAAUAGAACUGCCUGAUUUUGUGUUGAUUAAUUUUAGUGUGAUUGCGAUUGAACAGAUAUACCCGGCUGGCUGGUGGGAUGAACUUACUGUUGCCUUUGUUUUCAAACGCCGUUAUGGUUGUGCUAUUCCUGCUCGCACAAUGUUAGGCGUCAAUGCCUUAUUGGGUUGUUUUAUAAAAUUUUUAUUUAUCUAUUCUUAUCUCAGCCAUGACUUUUCAAUUCGGCAACAUUAUUCGGCAUUUUAA